AGGAGAGGAUAACUCUGCCUCGCUCGUCGUCCUCACCGCCAGCGCCGGCGACGAUGGCUGCAGCCACCCCCGUACUCGUACUCCUACUCCAUAGCUCCGUCGCCCCUUUACCCGCUCGGUCUCUGCGCGCCCCCGGAUCCGUCUCGCCGUUGCUGCAGCGGAGGAGGACGACAAGGUGGCGCCCGCUCCGCUCGUUGCCUCCCGAAGGGAUCCCCAUCACCGGUGAGCUCAUGGAGGAGGACUCCAAGUUCGUGCCGCUGAACGCCGAGGAACCCAUGUACGGACCGCCGGCGCUGUUACUCAUCGGAUUCGAGGAGGGCGAAACUGAUAAGGUUCAGGAGUUCCUGAAAGAGCUUGAUGGUGAAUUCCUCAAGGUGAUUCAUUGCACAGAAGAAAUGACAAAUCAAACGUUGUGGGAUGCCAUGCACACUGAGCAGCCUAGCGUAGAAGCUGUCAAGAUUGCAGAAUCAAUACCGAGAAUCUGCAUCUUUUCUGGUCUGACGGGUGAAGAGAUGAUGAUGUUCAUCAACGCCUUCCCAGAAUCUGGGUUGGAACCAGCUGCUUUUGCAGCCCUCGUUCCUAACAGUGCAGACAAGAUUCUUGGUGAGGUAAUCGAGGAGAUAAUGGGUGACCACGAGAUGCUGACAGGAAAGAAUUAGCAAUGGAGAGAAUCUACUGUAGCCUCCCUGGGCUAAGGCUGAUGGCAAGGCCCAUGAAGAGGAAUCAGGCAGCACUGAUCAAACUCACCUCCUGAAAUCACCAGCUCCAAGUUAGGAUUAUAUGUAAACCAGGAACUCUUUUAUUUUUGCAAAACAAAUGCUUUAAGCCAGAAGCAAUAGCACAGUAUUGGAGUCGAGGUUACGAAGGUUUUAAACGGAAAGGCGUGAAGAAUUGGUCAAUGAGCAAUUUUCGGUCCUUAAGAAGAUACCGGUAGGUAUUAAAAAUUAUAGUUUAAAUUUUGAUACCUCUUAAUAUCUUAGAUACUAGAAGGUACUAAAUUUUACAUUAAAAUUUUGGUAUAUCUCAGUACUCAAGAAUUGUAAAAUUACUCUUAGUCAAUAUAUUUAGAGGGAGUUUAAUAAUAUCAAACAUAAAA